ACAGCCGUCCUCUCUGUCUCCUCAGUCCUCCCUCUCUCUCUCUCCUCCCACGAAAUGACGAAAUCGCGCCAAAAAGAGGUCGAGGUAGGGGUCCUUUCGGAGCUCGUCGUCUAGGCGCGUGUGCUGGCCGUGGAGAUAGCCCUACAAGCAAUAAUGAGCUAGGCGCAUCGUCAAUGGAGGGGGAAUGGAGAACGUGACUCUCAAAGAUAAGGUGCUUUUGCCAGAUUUCAACUUUUAUGGAGAAAAAUAUCCUUUGCUAUAUUUUCACCAAGAUAUAGCAGAUACGCCGCAAUCAUAGUAAAUUUACCAGAGAGAAGUUGCUGGAGAGGAAAUGUAGAGAAUGAAUUAUUUGAGGAGCAAAAUGUGCAACUUUUGGGGAGCAAAUAUGUAUGGGCCCAUAAUCCCCACCAAAAACCUAUAAUUUCAUUGGAAUCCAAUUAAAAAUUGUACUAUCUUUUUAGCCUCGCCUUCCUUUUCAACCAUUGAAAUCUUCUCUUGCUCCAUCAAUAAUUUGAUCACUCAAAUGAUGAGUGGCCAAAAGGAGGACUAUUAAGUGAUAGGGACAGCAAAAGGGGGCAAAGGAUUAAGGUUAAAAAGGGGUUUUCAAAUAGACUAGUAAUAAACUCUCUGUAUCUCAGUUUCUGUUACAAACACUGGAAAAUACUACCAUUAGUUUACUGAGUAGUUAAUUUUUAUAUUAGGACUGUGUAUUACUAUAAUAUAGAAUCGCCAAUAAUUUUUUUUCUAAAAACAGUUCUUCUUUCUAAAUAUGGUUUUCCCCUUUUAACACCCUUCUCUCUCUCUCUCUGACUCACUCUAGCACACUGAGAGAGUGGACUUUUACAAAAAAACUAAUUCUGUAUGCUUCUCUAUAUGAUUUCAUAGUGGAAUGGCCGUGCUCUUUCUGAUUGAGAUUUCAAAUUCGAUAAAUUGAUUGAGCUGGAAGGUGGUUGUCGUGAAGCUGCCUCAUGGAUAUGAAUACAGCUAAAAUGGACUUAAGAGUCCAUAAGUCUGGAUCUUCUCAGUCUGAGGAAUCAGAACUUGAUUUGGAGAGGAAUUACUGCAACAAUCUUUAUCUACUUGGAUCAAGUUCGCCGCCAUCACAAGCCUUUGCAUUAGGUGGCCAGAUCUCUGAGAGCAAUGCAGCUUACUUUUCAUGGCCUGCUUGCAGGAUAGCACCUUGCACAGAAGAUAGGGAACAUUACUUUGGGAACCUUCAGAAAGGGGUAUUACCUGAAAAUUUUGGUUUUCCGAAAGGGUUGCAGGCUACUACAUUGCUUGAACUGAUGACCAUCAGGGCAUUUCACAGCAAGAUUUUGCGUCGCGUUAGUAUGGGCACUGCAGUUGGUUUUAGGAUUAGGAGGGGCUUGUUGACGGAUAUACCAGCUAUACUUGUCUUUGUCGCUAGGAAAGUUCACAGGAAUUGGCUGCACUCUACCUGCUGCCUGCCUCAGGCUCUUGAGGGACCUGGAGGUGUUUGGUGUGAAGUUGAUGUUGUCGAAUUCGCUUACUAUGGAGCACCUGCAGCGACCCCAACAGAACAACUCUACACAGAACUUGUAGAUGACUUUGGUGGAAGUGAUCCAUGCAUUGGAUCAGGUUCCCAGGUUGCUAGCCAGGGAACUUAUGGAACGUUGGGUGCCAUUGUCAAAAGCAGGACAGGAAAUAAGCAAGUUGGUUUCUUAACUAAUCGGCAUGUUGCAGUUGAUCUUGACUUCCCAAGUCAGAAGAUGUUUCAUCCAUUGCCCCCUAGUCUUGGACCAGGGGUGUAUUUGGGUGCUGUUGAAAGGGCUACAUCAUUCGUCAAUGAUGAUCUUUGGUAUGGCAUUUUUGCUGGAACUAACCCAGAGACAUUUGUUCGUGCUGAUGGUGCUUUCAUUCCCUUUACUGAGGAAUUUAACAUGGCCAACGUGACCACAGUUGUGAAGGGUGUUGGUGAAAUUGGCGAUAUUCAUGUAAUAGACUUACAGUCUCCUAUUGGCAGUCUUGUUGGAAGGCAAGUCGUAAAAGUUGGAAGGAGCUCUGGAUUGACAACUGGGACGAUAAUGGCCUAUUCUCUGGAAUACAAUGACGAGAAAGGGGUAUGUUUCCUUACCGAUUUUCUUGUUGUUGGAGAGAAUCAACAGACUUUUGACCUUGAAGGGGACAGUGGAAGCCUUAUCCUAAUGACAAAUCAAAAUGGUGAGAAACCCCAGCCCGUCGGUAUUAUUUGGGGUGGGACAGCUAAUCGGGGUCGGUUGAAACUGAAAGUUGGUCAACCUCCAGAAAACUGGACCAGUGGAGUUGAUUUAGGACGUCUCCUUGAUCUCCUCGAACUUGAUCUUGUCACAUCUCCAGAAGGGCUUCGAGCUGCACUGCUAGAACACUGUGAUGCAACAGCAGCAAGAGUUGACUCUGUCAUUGGAACCCUUGAGCGGACCAACACAAAGCAUCAAGAUAACUCUGAACCACUUCCUCCAAGGAUUGUGCAAGUUCUGGACAAUGAUGGCUCUCCUAAGGGCUUAACCCCUCCAUCAAUUGGUGACGAGUUUCGCAUUGAAGGUGGCUGUGAGGUGGUUCCCAGUGUAGAACACCAAUUCAUCCCGAACUUCUCUUGCAAUUCUCUCUUAAACACUGAACAAAGGGAAAUGACAGACAUGGAAAACCUAUCACGGUUAAGAGACGAAUCUGAAGCAGAUCUUGCUGUCUCUUUACAGUUAGGUGAACGUGAAACGAAGAGAAGAAAGCAAUCCGACUCUCCAUCCCGUUGAAUUUGUCGCCCCAAUAUGGUUCUGAGGUGGCUCCAACCAACCUCACAGCACGAUCAUCUCGAGCCUUUCCAUGCCCAUCAGUCGGAGAAGUAUAAAACACGCCUCACAUUUGCAGUAUCCAGUUGGCAGGUGGAACUAAGUCUUGCAUUGGGAAUUAUCACUAUUUUUCACCCCUAUUUUUUUGUGAAGGUUGAAACUAUUGAUAUUUAUGCGAGUUAUAUAAAUGUGAGAGGCUAAUGGCAGAAGUUACUUGUAAUGGUUAUGUUUGUACUGUUGUACCGAAGCCCUUUGUACGGAGAUGAAAUUAUGUAAACGGUAUUCCUCAAAAGUGUAUAUGAUAAAGCAAUAAUCUACUAAA